UAUUCAAUUUAUAUUUUUUUACAAAACAUGCAAAAGUAUGGAAUGGAUAGUACUUAAAAGCAUUUUUAUUAUCAUGAUCACUACUGUACAAGUUAGAGGUUUUCCAGCUGGAGUUUGUUCAGAAUACCAAAGGACAAGACAAGGUAGGAACAGGACAGUGUUGCAUUGUUGUCGUCAUUAUUACGAAAUGGAUGGAGUCUGUGUUGAAUGUCCGAUUGGCUACACUUCGAAGGGCAAAACGUGUGAACAAUGCGUAUAUGGGAAAUAUGGAAAAAAAUGCGCAGAAACAUGCAGAUGUUUCAGAACGAAAAGGUGUGACCAUGUGAAUGGAUGCAUUCCAGGAUAUGCUGCAAAUGGUAGUACUACACACACAGCGACGAUUUCAAAUGCUGGCGGUCAGACUGCAGGAAAUGGUAGCAGUAAUGUUGUUAUCUUCAUGGCCUGUGUUGCAGUUGGGGGCAUUUUAAUUGUCAUAUGUGGUACUAUACUCGUGAAGAACAGAGAAGCAGUUUGUAGACGAAAACCGACCAGCAUUGCCAUGGAAAAUGCAAUUAGGAAGAGAAAGAGACAAACAUUAAGCUUUGAAGAAGAAAAUGUGAAAGAGAAAAAAGAAAGCAUGUUUGCUGAUAUAAAUGAGAAAUACAUGAUUAAUUUCGACGGGGAGUAAUUAAGAACGUUGCCAGAUAUAUUUUGUCAAUUACAAGACACCUUCUAAUGCGUCUGUGUGUAGGUUAUGGGGUUAGAUUUUAAUUUGCUUCUAAUAUUUAUUUUAUUAAUUGAUUGAAUGAAUAAAAUUUUAACAUUA